AUGGGAAGUUCCUCCUCCGAGGGAAGCUCCUCCUCCGAGGGAAGCUCCUCCUCCGAUGGGAAGAUCCUCCUCCGAUGGGAAGAUCCUCCUCCGAUGGGAAGAUCCUCCUCCGAUGCCACACCAACACGCUUGUCAGCUGCGUUCUUAUCUCAACGGAACCCUACUUGCUCUGAGCACGAUGAAGAGGAGCUUGACAUCUUCGAUGACUACUUUAAAGAUCCAAUCCCGCAAGACAAUGGCAUGGAUGGAUACGCGUUCCUCUCGUAUCCCAAGUGGCACUGGCAGUCCACCCGCGAAGCCUAUGCCGUCCGGAAGCCCACAGCUGCGUCACCGCGGGCUCUUAUGAUCAAAGAAGAUCGAAAGGAAGCCAAAAAGAAAGACGAUGAUUUGCUUGAGAUGGGAGUCAUCGUGGUGAAGAGUCCUGAAACCCAGGCUAAUGGACCGAGGUUCUCGAAUCCUGCAGUAGCUCAGGCACCAUAUUGGUUGGCUUGGCGCUGA